CUGUUUCCCAUCAACACAAAGUGAGAGCAGAUGGAAGACUGUGAAGUGGGAGAAGGGAGGAGAAUAAGAAAAUGAGACAAAGAGGAGGAGACUGUAGAUGACUUCUGGUGAUCUCUGAUUGUAGUAAGGAUUUGGCUGGACCUACAUACACUGCAGUGUCACCGAAGGACCCUUAUGAGAAAUCAUGAUUAAUCUUUGAGAAAAAAGGAAGCCAUGUCGUUCUUUGGCUUAAACUGUACGCGGAGGAGAGAGAAAGAGGUGGAGAGGAAAAUCAGAGCAAACGACAGAGAAUAUAACUUAUCUUUCAAAUAUGCUACCAAUGCCAUCAAGACCUCCAAAUACAACCUCUUCAACUUUCUGCCCCUCAACUUGUUUGAGCAAUUCCAGAGGAUUGCCAAUGCCUACUUUCUCUUCCUGCUCAUUCUACAGGUUAUUCCUGCUAUUUCAUCUCUGUCGUGGUUCACCACUGUUGUCCCUCUGGUGCUGGUACUGUCAGUGACUGCAGCCAAAGAUGCCAUUGAUGAUAUUAAUCGCCACAGAAGUGACAGGCAAGUGAAUAACCGUAAGGUGGACAUGCUCAGCAAUGGAAAACUGAUAAGUGAGAAAUGGAUGAAUGUGCAAGUGGGUGAUAUCAUCAAGUUAGAGAACAACGAGUUUGUAACAGCAGAUCUGCUGCUGUUGUCCAGCAGUGAACCUCUCAACUUGGUCUAUAUUGAGACUGCAGAGUUGGAUGGAGAAAGCAACCUGAAGGUGAAACAGUCUCUAACUGUAACAGGAGACAUGGGAGAAAAUUUAGAGGCUUUGGCUGCAUUCAAUGGGGAGGUGUGUUGCGAGCCUCCUAAUAAUCGUCUGGAUCGAUUUACGGGCACGCUGACUUCCGGCAUGCAGAAACACUCAUUGGACAACGAACGAAUUCUACUGAGGGGCUGCACACUCAGAAACACAGACUGGUGCUUUGGCAUGGUGCUGUUUGCAGGCCCUGAGACCAAGUUGAUGCAAAAUUGUGGAAAAAGCAUUUUUAAGAGGACCAGCAUUGAUCGGCUCAUGAAUGUAUUGGUGCUCUUUAUUUUUGGUCUCCUUGCUCUGAUGUGCAUUAUUCUGUCUGUGGGGCAUGGGAUCUGGGAAUACCAAGAGGGAUCAGAGUUCACUGCCUUUCUUCCAAGGGAAAAGAGCACAGCAUUUUCAUCAUUCCUCACAUUCUGGUCCUACAUUAUAAUCCUCAACACUGUGGUGCCAAUCUCACUUUAUGUCAGUAUGGAGGUGAUUCGUUUAGGCAACAGUUACUAUAUCAACUGGGAUAGGAAUAUGUAUCAUGCGAGAACUAACACACCCGCUGAAGCUCGUACCACAACACUUAACGAAGAGCUUGGACAGAUCAAAUACAUCUUCUCAGAUAAGACUGGCACCCUAACACAGAACAUCAUGACCUUCAACAAGUGCUCCAUCAAUGGGAAAUCUUACGGAGAUGUUAUUGACUGCUGCAGUGGACAGAGACUGGAGAUCACAGAGGAUAUGACACCAGUGGAUUUCUCCUUUAACCGACUUGCGGACCCAAAGUUCCUCUUCUAUGAUCACAGUCUGGUAGAGGCUGUAAAGUUGGAGCUUCCAGAGGUUCAUGCUUUCUUUAGGUUACUCGCUCUCUGCCACACUGUCAUGGCUGAGGAGAAAAAGGAGGGUGACCUGGUGUACCAGGCCCAGUCUCCUGAUGAGGGCGCACUGGUCACAGCUGCACGUAAUUUUGGCUUUGUAUUUCGCUCUCGGAGCCCUGAGACAGUGACAAUAGAAGAGAUGGGGAUCCAGAGGAGCUAUGAGCUGCUGGCCAUCCUGGACUUUAACAACAUACGCAAAAGGAUGUCUGAAACUGUUCGUAAUCCAGAGGGCAAGCUCUCCCUGUACUGUAAAGGAGCAGACACCAUCGUAUAUGAGAGGCUGCAUCCCUCCUGUAGCAAACUGAAGGAAGUCACCACAGAUCACCUCAAUGAAUUUGCUGGGGAAGGGUUGAGGACUCUUGUUCUAGCCUUUAAGGAUCUGGAUGAGGAAUAUUUUGCAGAUUGGAAACAGCGCCACCAUGAGGCCAGUGUUGCACUGGAUGACCGUGAGGAGAAUCUAGACAAACUUUAUGAAGAGAUAGAGAAAGAUAUGCUGUUGAUUGGCGCAUCGGCCAUAGAGGAUAAACUUCAGGAUGGAGUUUCUCAUACCAUUGAGCAGCUGGCCAAAGCAGAAAUCAUGAUCUGGGUGCUCACUGGGGACAAGCAAGAGACAGCUGAGAACAUUGGAUACUCCUGUAACCUACUAAGGGAGGAAAUGAAUGAAGUGUUUAGAAUUGCAGCGAACUCACCCGAGGAAGUCAAACAGCAGCUGAGGGAUGCCCGAAUAAAGAUGUGCCCUGCUACCGAACAAGAUAAAUUCCUUAUUCCUGAGACAAUACUGGGUAAUACUCCUAAAGUGGUGCAGGAUGAAAACGUGAGCGGAGAAUACGGACUGGUGAUAAAUGGGCAAAGCCUGGCGUUUGGUCUUGAGAGCAGCAUGGAGCUGGAGUUUGUGAGGACAGCAUGCAUGUGUAAAGCAGUUAUAUGCUGUCGAGUGACUCCUCUGCAGAAAGCUCAGGUUGUGGAGCUGGUCAAGAAAUAUAAGAAAGCGGUCACUCUAGCCAUCGGAGAUGGAGCUAAUGAUGUGAGCAUGAUUAAAGCAGCUCAUAUAGGUGUCGGCAUCAGUGGUCAGGAGGGGAUGCAGGCAGUGCUGUCUAGUGAUUUCUCAUUUGCACAGUUCCGUUUCCUGCAACACCUCCUUCUGGUGCACGGACGCUGGUCGUACCUGCGCAUGUGCAAGUUCCUGCGUUACUUCUUCUAUAAGAACUUCACCUUUACCUUUGUGCACUUCUGGUACGCUUUUUUCUGCGGUUUUUCCGCUCAGACAGUAUAUGAUGAGGGCUUCAUCACUCUGUAUAACUUGGUAUACACAGCACUGCCGGUUUUGGGAAUGAGCCUGUUUGACCAGGAUGUGAAUGCCGGCUGGAGUCUUGAGUUCCCUCAGCUGUAUGUGCCGGGGCAGUUGAGGAUGUACUUCAGUAAAGGUGCUUUCAUGAUGUGUGUACUUCACAGCUGUUACAGCUCUCUAGUGCUCUUCUUCAUACCUUACGCUGCCACAUACGAUUCAUCGAGAGACAAUGGGAGAGAUGGUGCAGAUUAUCAGUCAUUUGCACUGAUAACUCAAACCUGCCUCACUGUCACUGUGUGUGUACAGCUGGGACUGGACCUCUCGUAUUGGACUGUUGUUAACCAUCUCUUUGUUUGGGGAAGUUUGGGAAUGUUUUUCAUUUUGACCUUCACCAUGUAUACCAAUGGAUUGUUCCGGUUACAUCCACCUUCUUUUGCAUUCAUAGGAACUGCCCGGAAUUGCCUCAACCAGUCUAAUGUGUGGCUGACUGUUGCCUUGACAGCUGUACUGUGUGUGCUGCCUGUGGUUGCUCACCGGUUCAUCCACAGUCAGAUCUCUCCUACCAUCAACGACAAGGUGAGGUAUAAAGUUUGUCAAAUGAAGGAGCCUGCUCCACGUCCACGGCGCACUAAGCUCAGCCGCAGGAGCACGCGUCGCUCUGGUUAUGCCUUCUCUCACGCCCAAGGCUAUGGUGACCUUGUGACAUCUCGCAGGUUCCUUUGGCGACCUGCACCUGCCCGCUCCACGGGCUUCACUCCAACUGGGCGAUCUCCUGGGUUCAAGCCAAUGGGUCGGUCUGCAGGGUACAGUCCGGUCGGGCGAGAACAGAACCCCAAACAGAACGUAGAACCCACAUCAUUGCAGAUGUUCCGUGCUGUUAAAGACCCUUCCUUUUGAGGGUGGAAUUCGGGGAGCUUUUGAAGCAGAGCUAGAAACAGAACUUUAAAAGUUGUAUACAGAGUUUGAACGCUUGGGGACAAUUUUACUGCAGCUGCCCCUGCAGAAAUGACAAGCUGAGACCUGCAUGAACUUCCAGGCUUGUUUUGUGCUGGUUUGGUGCUAGUUAAUCUAGUGGAACACAGCCGUUCUGUUUAACAGUAAAACUUAGCUGGUUGGAAGUCUUGCUGGUUAAGGUAGUUGAGACCAAAAACAUACUCUUGGUUAUCAGCUAUGCUGGUCCUUUCAUCAGGGGUGUUAUGUAAUUUUGAUAUGUAUUUAAAUGCACACUAAGAACAAUGGAUUCGAUUCCUACAUGUACAAAGUAUUGUUAGGGACACUUCUGUCUGUUGCCAAACUGGCAAAUCCGCUCCUGCAGUUUUCCUGCAUAAGAAAUUGUAACAUUGCCAGAAAUGUUCCUUGGUAUGGGUGAACAAAGACAUGAGAUUUGCGAUUUGAGCACAAGGUUCGGAUGCUCUGAAGUAAGAUGUCUUUUUUGGUUUAGAGUUCUGAAAGUUAGAGUAUGUUUACAUAUUACAUCAACCUAUUUUAUUUGUUUAUUUUUUCAUGGUGUGUCCCCUUUAAGGGCAAGCUGGAAACAUAUUUAAAAAGCUACUUGAAUAUAGAGACUUUAAUACCUAUUAAGUGCCUUGGAUAUGACAGAGAAAAUGUUAGCACUAAGAAAUCGUCUUUUUUAAUUACAGUUUGUAAGGUAUCAAACUUUUCCUAUCCAUUUUGAGAAUACAAAAACUUUUUGAAUACAGCUUUUCAGCAUACUAAUAUACAUCAUAUCCAUACUGUAAUUUUACUCUGCAAAUCAUUCUGUAAAAGCAAAUUUUGUAUACAUUUUGUCUUAAAUCUAUUUUGUAUAAAUAAAACACUUAUUUUCUGUUUAAAAGUUUAAGCAUGACCAAGUCUUAAGCACACAGCUGUUAAUUAUUUUGAUUGUAAUGUUUGCUUUGUGUGUGUAUAUAUAUAUAUAUAUAUAUAUAUAUGACAGAGAGAGAGAGAGAGAGAGAGAGAGAGACCAAGCGAGCGAGCUCUGAAAAAAUGAAAGAGACCACUCCAAAUUUUUCUUAAAUCAGCAUGCCAACAUGUAUGGCAGCCAUUCCAUUACCGUGUCUGUUGAAUUCCAACACAAACACACCUCAUUCAACUUAAUGAGGUACUGAUUAUGUGAUCAACUGAACCAAAUCUUAUUUAACGAGGAAAAGUAUAAAAACCACUGCUGUGGUCAUCACUAUCCUCUUGAAAUAGGACCAACUAAAUGACAAAAACAGUGCUAGUAGUACUUUAAAAGUAAUUAGAAUAUAAAAAAAAAUAAUUUCAAGGUUAUCGUGGAAGAAAACUUGCUUCCUUCUACUCCAACAAUGUUCCCCAACUCUGAGGAUUGGUUUUUCCAGCAGGACAAUGCUCCAUGCCACACAGUCAGGUCAAUCAAGAUGUGGAUGGAGGACCACCGGAUCAAGACCCUGUCAUGGCCAGCCCAAUCUCCAGACCUGAACCCCAUUGAAAACCUCUGGAAUGUGAUUCAAGAGGAAGAUAUAUGGUCACAAGCCAUCAAACAAAGCCGAGCUGCAUGAAUUUUUGUGCCAGGAGUGGCAUUAAGUCAAAAUGUGAAAGACUGGUGGAGAUUUCUUAACUCUUCCUAAAUUAAAACAUUAGUAUUGUGUUGUUUAAAUAUGAAUAUGAACUUGUUCAUUGCAUUACACGAGGUCUGAAAACAUGGCAUCUUUUUGUUAUUU